AGAGAACAAACAACUUCCCCUUUUCAGCAGAUAUAUACUCGCCGCUUGAAAGACGAAAGUUCAAAGCAUAUUUCUGUUGUGAAUUUUUAUAUACACACACAUACGUUGCACACGCGAUAGCAAAGAGAGGGGAUGAUUGUUCAACUAAGGGUGAAAUGUCAUAAGGAAAACACGCGUAUACCAUUCAUUCAAUGAGUUGAGUUCUAUUGAUAUAGAGUCAUUUCGCUGUGCCAUCAUAAAAUGUUGAUUACAAGUUUUCGAGUAAAAUUCGAUAAAUUUGUCUUGUGAAAAAUAAGUUUUUGAGUUUCUUUUAAUGUGAAACAAUGUUUUAGUUAGAGACAAUGGAAAAUAGUGGUGUAAAAAGACAAUUAUCAAUACGAUUAAUUCAAGUGAAAAUCUGUGUUUUAACUAGUUAAACGAUUGGACUAUGGAAUAUUUGUCUUCGAAAAACAUGAGUCAUUUAGUACGAAGGACGAAGAAGUGCUGUACAAAGCUUCUCCGUAAAAUAACUUUCAACGACAAUCUAUCUUGUCCAUCCGCAACGAAACCGUCACAGUCAACAAUUUAUGCUCAACAAAAAAAUCAUCAACCCUCCGGUCGUCGUAAAAUUGCACCCAGUCCGCAACAUUCAAGCGGAAUUUUAUUUGCUCGUUCCAGUGAGUUAAACACCAAUUUAGAUGGUUUAUCUUUGGACGACGAAGACGACAUCAAUAUGAACACAUUCUCGUCCAAUAAAAAUUUUCGAUUUGAUAACAAUAUAAAGAAUUGCUUUCGUAUCCAGAAGCAAAACUAUGUUCCGCAAGAAAACGAAGACGAUAAAAAUAAAUCUACUAACAAUAACUUCAGCAGCAGCAGCAGUAGUAGUAGCGAUGUGAAAAACUCCAUUUUCGUUGAUGAAGAAAUAAUAUUUACAGAAAAUAAAAUUUAUAUAUCGGCGACAGAGAGAAACUUGAAGCAAUGUGAAAGCAAUAAUAAAGUGUACAAGAAGCCAUUCGAUGCAAUCGGUGGCAGCAGCACCAAUUUUAAUUCAAUAUCGUUGUCACCAAUCGAUGGAAACGGAAAAUGUUGCGGCAAAUUAGGUUUCAAUGAUUCGUUAUGUGCAAGUGAACAAAUCGUUUUCGAGAAAGUCAAAUACGAUAAAAAUAAGAAAUAUUUACAACCCCCAUCUCCGUCCAAUUCCAGUGAACACAGCACCACAUCCUGUGAGUUAAAUCAAUAUCUUGAUAACUGUUACAGUAGAUCUACGCAGACUAAUCGCCUUUCCACCUACGAUAACGUCGAUUAUGAGUGGGCCGGCAAUGAUGAAAAUGGUAAUUCCUCGAAUUAUACAAACAAUUUUAAUUUUUCGAUAAAAGGUCAACAUCAAAAGCAAACACCCAAUUCCAUUAAUGAUAAGCAUAACGAAUUGUACCUAAAAAACUCCGACUCGUGGAAAUUCUUCAACAAGCAAUAUUUGCAGAACAGUAAAUUUUUCGACAAUCACAAAAUCAUCAAAAAUAACACAAUUCAUUACGAAACUGUGUCGGAUAGUCGACGGACUAGCGUUAGUACGUUGGACACGUGGGUGGACGACGAAUCGUUCGAUAAUUCGUUUAAUGAAGAACUGGAGAAACGGUGUCCUUCCGUACCGUCGUCGGUACGAAAUUACAGUCGCUAAAGUGAUUCCAUAAUCCAUGUACAUCUAUAGUAUGGAUUCCAUACACCGUACUUGGAGCAAAGUAAUUUUAAUAUUCAUAACCUUUUAUGAAAGUAAAUCGUAUCGCAAUACAAUCACGAAAUAUGUUACUUCCGAUCUUUAAAGCAUCGCAUACAGUUUUAUGCAAAAUCUAUUACUUCAUUCGUUUUAAAUUAUCUUUGAAUUAUCUAACUUAUUGUAACUAUUGAGUGAGAGUAGUCAUAAAAAUCUAACAUUACAUGUAUCUGGACUCGGUCUGGGUAUAUUUACAUCAGAACGAUCCUUUGUGAUGUAAAAUUUAUGUCAGGCUUUGAAUAAAAUUUCUUAAACAACAAUUUACUUAUAGACAGAAUCCUGCAUUGCUUUCAUAUCUAAAUGCAGAAAGGACACAUGUCAAAUUAUCGAAUUACAAGGAAAAUGAAUUUCAUUGAUUUACCUUCGUUUCGAAUGGUGUGACGAUGUCAACUAGAAGUUUUUUAAUACUUCAGAAGAAAUCACAUUGUUACGUCACCCUAUGGAAUUGAAGCUUAAUCAAUGAAAUUUUAUUUUUCUUAUAAUUCGCUAGUUGGACAUGUUUCCUUUCUGCAUUUAUAUCUUGAAGCAAUGCAGGAUUUUGUCUGUACGUAAAUUGUUCUUAAAGGUGAUGUUAUGUCCGUCGUAUAUUUAGAUAUUCUAUUCAUAUAGCGACAAUCUCAACUUUAAAUUUAAAACAUAAUCUGGGCUUAGAAGCAACCUUCAGCUCCUCAUAACAGUCUCCAUUUUGCAAUCCAUCCAUCUUAAAUCCGUUUCAACAUAAAACUGUAUGGAGUCUCUAAUUUUCAAUAGAUUCGAAGAAUGUGCCAGUCGGAUGUACUGUCAGCUUUAUGCAUUCACUACUUUUUAUCCUGUACCAACUCGGUACUAACACAGUACUUUAAUCUUUCAUCUCAAGCUAUUCCGUAUAUGUAUUAAACAUUAUGAUGUACAUAAACAUAUAAAUCUUAUUCGCACAUUUGUCUUCGUCUAUAUUAAAGAUAGAAACAUGGUUUUUCGUCAAUGUACAAUUUUAACAUUUCAAUCGAGAUGAUGGAAAUUUGUACAAUUUAUAAUAAAGUUGAAGAAAGGAAAACUUAAAAUCAAAAUGUAAUAAGAGAAAAGUUAAAAUUUAAAAACUAUAAAAUAAUCGUAAAAAUUAUAUGAAAUAAAAAAUUUAUAUUUUAAAUAAGAUUAUAUUUAUCUGGUAAGAUGUGCAUAUUGGCAGACGAAAAUAUAUA